AUGGCCGCAUUGUUCAGUCAAAACCCACUCAUGAACGGGCCCAACUACUCAAUCAACGAUGCGCCUAGAGUUAAUGCACCCGAGGGCGCCCGAGAACACCGCUUCGAUCCCUAUACUGACAACGGCGGCUCGACCCUCGCGAUCGCUGGCGCCAAAUUCUCCAUCUUGGCCGGCGACACCCGUUUGACAUCGGGCUACAGCAUCAACUCGCGACACCACCCGAAGCUAUUCAAGAUUGGCGGUACGACCGCGGAUCAAAAAGAUGCGACCAUGGUCCUCUCGGUAGUGGGCUUCGCGGCAGAUGGAGAGGCACUCAAGGAACGUCUUGACACAAUUUGCAAGAUGUACCGGUAUCGGCACGGCAAGCCGAUGAGUGUCAAAGCGUGCGCACAGCGAUUGUCGACGAUCCUGUACCAGAAACGAUUUUUCCCUUACUAUUCACACGCAAUCCUUGGCGGGUUGGAUGAGGAGGGCAACGGCGCCGUGUAUUCGUACGACCCCGUCGGCAGCUACGAACGCGAGCAGUGCCGUGCCGGCGGCGCAGCUGCCAGUUUGAUCAUGCCGUUCUUGGACAACCAAGUCAACUUUAAAAAUCAGUACAUUCCCAACAGCGGCGAGGGCCACGCUCUGCAAGAGCGCGAGCGCCGGCCCUUGACGCGCAGUGAGGUCGAGGUGCUGGUCAAGGAUGCGUUUGACGGCGCGGUCGAGCGGCACAUUGAGGUCGGUGACGGCCUGCAGAUGAUGAUCAUCACAAAUGAUGGCAUCGAGGAGAUCUUGUUACCGCUGAAGAAGGAUUAA